UUUACUAAAGUUGACCAAGGCAAUGUGGCAAUAGAACGACGACGACGUGAGCACAGCGCGCACCCAAAGAAACGAUUGCACAGCAUGUGGUGUUGUGCGCCAAGGAACAAAUCGUUGCUUUGGUUCGAUGUCGCUGGCGAGAUUAACUGAUGUUGACGCGGUUCGGAAGAGAAUCAAACAUAAUCAACUGCAUCCGUGCAAACGAAACGAAUGGAGAUGCAAAUAAGAAAAGGACUAACAACGGGACGGCACACUAACAUCAACAAGGCAAGGAAAGAGCGGCAGCAACAACAGCAGCAGCACGCGCGGAGGGAGAGCACUACUCUUCGGUUGGUAAAUGUUAAUUUUAUUUUGUUUUCCUCCCUUUUUUUGAGUAAGAAAUUGCAUACUUCUAGAACACACUUAUUUGCUAUAAUAGUGUAGAACAAAAAAAGCGCAGUCAGAAAACAAAAGAAAAAAGAAACAAUUUAAUUCGUUGGAUAAGAUCUAUGAAUCGUUUAAGCGGGAGGAGAGAGUGAGAGUGGAGAGAAGGUUUAAGAAAGUCGCGGAAUAGUACGAUAAAAGUAGGAUUACAUCGGGAAUUGAGAAUAACAUGAGAAAAAGGAGAAACUUACGCGAUAAUGGAAAUUGGUUACAAAUGACAUAACGCCAGCUCGCAGGCGGUUAUCGUAUGUUUGGGGAGACAGGAAAAAAACAGAAGAGAAGAAACAAACUAUACUUGAAAUGAUCAACAAUAUCAACAAAAAAAGUCCAAAAUUUGCGAAGCAGAAAAAGAAACAGCAAACAAACACAAAAAAAAAUACAAAAAAUCUCUGAAAAGUUACGCAAAAGUAUAUGCAAGUAUAAAAAGAAAGAUAAAAGGAAAAUCAAAAAAAGUACAAAAUAUACAAAACGGUUUAAAAAAAUCCUAGCUAAUAAGUUGUGUAGGAUUUAAAUGGCAGAUGGUAAAGCAAGUGACAUUUAACAACCACACCAACUAUAUUUGAGGAGGGGGGCGAAUGCUCUUUUCAACAAACUAUCCUUACCGCUGGGUGUGUUUAGGCUGUCUAAAAGAGCAUUCGCCUGCUUAUUAGGAUAACAGCAGCAGCAGCAUACGAGAAUGAAUGUACGACUAUUAAGCAAGUCAUGUUGGAACACACACACAUACACGGAACGACGAGAAUUACGCGACGCCAAAACACGAGAAAUGAGAAAGGAGAAAAACCGAAGAAUAACAAUCGGCACAUAAGAGCUGUGCAAAACGAAAUAUGCGAACAUCUUGCAUUGCAAACAGCGCAGCGCAGUAGAGAAGAAGCGUGUAUGCUUUUGCCUACGGACGGUAGAAAGCGGAGAUAAACAGAGAAAAGGAGACACAACUAAUAGGGAAAGAACGAUAGAUGAGGAGGGAGAGAAAGAGCAUUUUUGUUAAUGUUUACAAAUGUUACUUUUUUCGUUUUGUGUACCACGUCAAAAACUGUUUUUUGGAAUAAUAUUGAUUUUCUCGUUACCUUUUUUACGAACAGAAUUUCAAUACACAACGAUUUGCACAUUUUUAUUAUUGGAGCAAGCGAAAGAAAAGGAAAAGGAAAGAGCGCUGCGAACAGUUUAAAAGGCAGCAGCAAGCAGCAGCAGCAUCAGAACGACAGAGGACCAGAUGCAGGAAGAUUAUUAAUCAAAGCCACGAGCAGACAUUGAAACCAUCAGCCAGAAGCAGCGAGUUUUAGAACCUUGGAAAACUCGUAUUGAUCGUAAAGCCAGUACUGAAUGUGUUAUUAGUUUGUAGGGAAAAAGAAUCAACCACAACGGUGUUAGAAGCGAGUAAGCACAGAACAGAAUUUAAAGAUCCGGCCGAUACACUACACCAGUAGGAGACGUUUUAAUUUGCAAAAAAACAAAACAAAGCGAAACUCAUAUACUAAACUUGUCCUUUUCCACGAAGCUGAGAGAGGUUCCUUUUAAAACUCCCGCAACCCCUUCGCUCUAUAUUCCACAAGGAUCAUCCGACUCGAUCGUGCUUUGUUCGUUAGUUGCUCUACUUACGCUUUUCAUUUUUAAAGUAUAAGUAACCAGUAGCGUGUAUUGUCACGGAGUCAGUCGACGAAACAAAAAAAAAAAAAAAAACGCAAGACAAAACGUACAAGAUCUGCAAACUUCAAUCAUACUACGAUUUAUUGGACUCUAGUAAAAUUUGCGAAAUAGUCUAAUGCUGAUAGAGCGUGAGAGAGACCGGUCCGGUGUCUACCGGAAAAUAGUCAAAUAUCCAAACGAAUCGAAGCUCCCCCUUCCCUUUAAUCCUUAGAAACAGAACGAUUGAACCAGCAAAUCAGCGACAGCAUUAAGCUCUACUAAGUGCAUGUUGCGUUUAGGCAAAGUUUUGAACACUACCAAGCUCAAUCAAUUGAAACAACAGGUAACACACAAACGCUAAACUGUAACGAUAGAGAUAAACUUGUCCCGUUUAUUUCCCUCCCUCUCGGUCAGCUUAUAUUAAUGUAAUCCCCGACGAUGUCGUAGUAGCACGUGUUGUUGUUUGUAGAGAAUGUGUCUAUGUGUUUUCGAUAAAUGUGGAAUAAUCGAGCCUAGGAACUAACUAAGGAAGGGGAACAACCAACCGUUCGUGGAAGUAAAGACAAGGCAUGUAGCAAAGAAACCAGGACGACAAGAAAGGAAUGUACACACAGGGAUAAAAGCAGCGUGUUAGAAAAGCAUUACAGGUUCACAGGGAAUUUGCAAACAAUUGCAUGUAUCGCCUCUCCCCAUGCCUGCCCACAUUCCAUUUUGGUGGCACCACAAUACGAAAUGGAUGUGUGCACGUGUGUAUGUGCGUGCGCGUGUGUUUUUAGUGUCACGGUUGGUUUGGUUUCGUUUUUGCAGAUGCGAUAAGCAAAAGAUCGGCGUGCAACAAAACAUACGCGAUGGCGGUGAACCGUGUAUCAGUUUUUACUGUCGGUUUACCUACCCUUCCCCCGUGUCGCGCUGUUGCUGCUCCACUUUCACCUCAAAAAUCUUAGAGCCGCGCGCAGUUGCACAAUUUUAAACUUUUGUGAAGCAGCAUGAAAAUACCGCAAUUGAUCUCGAAUAUUUAUGUAUAUUAUGUGUACUACGCAACCGCCGCGAUCCCUCCCCCCCUUCCUUUUCACGUUUCGUUAUUUGGUGUGGGAUUGUGUGUACAGGCGCUUGGAUGAAGGACGGAAUCAUUCCCCCCCACCCUUGUAUGCUUAUUUCCUGUUUUAACACACAUACACACGUAAGCAAAAGAAAAAACGCUUUUUGGAAUAAGACAGGAAAAUUGGCACACUUCUAGAACCGUGCUUAUUUGAUACUAUAAAGAAAACAAAAACAAAAACACAGGGACACAAUGUGAACGGUUUGAUGAAGAAACAUCCUUAUUCACUAAAAGGCAUGGAAAACGAACGAACGUAUUUCCCAACAAGUGAGACAAAGCCUUGCCAACAUAAAACACCAUCGCCGUCGUACUAUUACUACUACUAACUACGUAAUGAUAAUAGGGGGAGUGCAAAGAAAAAAACAAAGGAAACAAGAAUCAAGGAAGCGUCAGGAGGAAAAAAAGGGAGCACAGAAAUGAAGAAACACAGUUUACAACAAAAGCGGGCACGCGUGCACGAAGAGAAGAAGGAGGAGGGGAGGAAGCGGAGGUUAAAACGAACGUACGCAAACAGAAACGCAAUCGUGUUUAGGAGCAGCAAAAAAAAAGAAGUAUUUUUUAUCUGAUAAAUAUUAUUAAUUUAUGAGAAACAAAAACAAACGAAAACCCGACUUACGGUAGAAGAGCGGAGCAAACGGCGAGGAGAAAAAGAAAAAGAAAAAAAUGUGAUUAAAAUUUAUUUAAAAUGAAGAAAAGAAGGGUGACAACAAACAGUGAAGAGAGAGGAAACAAGAGAUCGAAACCAAUCGAAGCAAAAGAGGAGAAAACAUGAAAGCUAGAGAAACAGAGAGACAAGAAUGGAAGAAAAGCAAAAGGAGAGUAUCAGGAGAAUGAACAGAACAAUGAUGAAAAUGAAAGAGCGAAAGAGAGAGAAUGAGAUAGAGCUAGAUAGAUGAGCGUAAAACGUAGCAAACCAUGAAAUAGUGGUGUAGUGCGGGUCAGUUUCGAUUGCAUUGUGUGUGUGGUGUAUUGGAAAAAGAGUGCGUGGGGGAAUGUUAAAAUUUGUGUUAGGUACAAUUUAUUCCAUUCCUUGCUGCCUGCACCACGGGGAGGCGAUAAUACAGGCCGAUCGGCCGAUACAUUCACCUUUUUUUUGGCGUUUGAUAGUAUCCUCAUCAUUGCCUGGUUUUUCAGUUGAUAAUGGCAUAUAUAUUUUUUUAUUUAUUCUAAUUUUGCCCCAACUGAACGAACAAUGAAUGUAUGUAAGCAAAGUCGUUUUUUUACUCUAAAGGUGCUCUAUCACCUUAAACUUGUUUUUAUAUGUCACGGAAAAGCCUGUACAACUCCCCGCCAAAAACACACACACACACAUACAGAGAGAAAGAGACAGCAAACAUCCUGCCUCUGAGAGUCGUCAUCCACGCGCACGCAUGCAAAUGGCACAAAAGAAGAUUUGCCGAGCAGAAGAAAAUCAUGCUCGGUUCCACGUUUCCACGCACACUCAUCGUGUAAUGUAAUCAUUCUCACCAUCCUGCAAAGAGAGCAGGAUCUGCAGCGCAGUGCGUGCAGCGCAAACGGAGCGGAAGGAAGGAAGGAAGGACAUCCUUCACCAUCACCAUUCCCUUUGCUGUUGUGUGCGCAGCUUCAGCUUGUUUAGUUUUUGCUUCAUUGUUUUCGACAUUGCUAAACAGAGAGAAGCGCAUGAUAAUGCACUCUUUAUUAUGAAUUAUGUUGAAUAAUAUUAUAAAACCCACCUGCUUUUUAGCACGAUACUGUUUUUGUAUCUGCAAAGCCUCUUUUAUUGUAAAUUAUUUCUCUACACACCCGCCCCUCAUUACGGUGAUCUUCUCGGCGUAUGAGGAGGAUUUUAAACGAAUUAAAUUAUUUAUUACAACAAAACAAAACCAACAUCCCAUGAUCAUCAUAUCCCACCUACUCCAUCUCCCGUUAUUCCUUCAAAGGUAUCCUUAUUCCCUUAUUGUACACAAUCCCCAAUCCCUGGAAGUUGCGAGCUCAUAAAGCAUCGGAGCUCAACCGAUGUUGUGGUGUGCGUGCCGAAACGACGUGUUUGGCAUGCAUCAUGUGCGUGUGUGGAUGAAUGAAAAAAUCGAACAAGAAAUGCGCAGCCUUAAGUGAGUGAAGAAUACAAAACAACAAAGCCUGAAGGUGUGUGUGUGAAUAAUAGUCAGCUCAAACAGAAAAGAAGCAUUAGAGUAUACAAGAAAAAGAAGAAGAGAAGAUAAGAGAACAGGAACAAGGAAAAGAAGAAAAGAUAAGAGAAGAGAAAAGGAACAAGAAGAAGAAAAGAAGACAAGAGAAGAGGAACAGGAAGAAGAAAAGAAGAUAAGAGAGAAGAGGAACAAGAAGAAGAAGAGAACACGCUUGUGCAAAGGGAGACAAGAAAGGAGAAAAGCAUAUACAACAACACACAAGACGACACACGCUUUCCUGGGGGUGUGUAUGUGUGUGUGCGCGCGCGCGCACUAUCUGUCGUAAUUCUCGUUCGUUUCAUAGUAAUUUUGUAUAGUUUUUAUGUUUCUUCUUAAUAUAUAGUAGUAUCUCUAUAAUCUUUCACGUCUAAGGAUGGUAGUAAAUUAAGUUAUAUCCUCAUCGCUUUCCCCAUUAUUAUUAUUUCCUUAUCCUCUUACUCCCCCCCCCCCACAAUUGAGAUGCAAUUAGAGCAAAACUACUUGUGUGCAAUCAUUUCCCUCCUUUGGAUCCCUCUCUGCCGGAGUCACCCCCACCCUCCUUCCCUGGAGGAAGUUCAUAGAACAAGAUACAACAAGAGGAGGGGGUUUUAGGUAGAAGAAGCUAUGAUAUGAUGGUGUGUGGGCCCCAAACAUUUUCCUCUAUUUUUUUUUCUCAUAGUUUAGUUUGGUAAGACGAAUACUACGCAGAUUAGGAAGAGCGUUUGUGUGCGUAUGCGUGUGUGUGUGUAUAGAAAGUCUAGUAUGAUGUGGAUGCAAAUGUGCAUGUGUGUGUGAGUGUGUUUGUAUGUGUGUAUGCGUCAGUAUGGCUGUACAUGACCACUUCACUGGAGGAAGUGCAUAGAGAUAGAGAGAGAAAGAGAGCAAGAGAGCGCGUGUGUUAGGAAGAAGAGCAGUUACAGGACGAGUUAUCACAACUUUAUACAUUAUCCCCAUUUAUACAGUAUCAAAUUCUCCUUUUUCUCUCUAAUCGAAAAACAACAACAACAACAAAAAAGUGCAAGAAACAGUGCGCUAGAAAACUUGAAAACAAAACUAAGUUUACAAAUGUGCAGACAUAAAAAACAUAAUUAAACACACACGCCUUAACAAUUUCCAUUUUAUGAAUUAAAACCACUUAGCGCGUUAAGGGAAUAGUGAUUGUGAAUCGUUAAAAGAAAAACACACAAAAAAACCCAUCGUUUUUAAGAAUCUGUUUAUGUGUCCUGUCUGUUCUAUUUUUCUGUAAUUUAUUGUAACACACCUUUCUACACGAUAUCAUCGCAACAAACAACACGAACACAGUUUCGCUCCUUUCACGUCUAUUUUUAAAAAAAACCAACACAACCCUUGAGGGAGAGAACGAAAAAAAGCAAAAGUGGGAAGGAAAGGGAAGCUAGAACCACAAAAGAGAAGUGCAACAUUAAGAAGUAUAAAAAAUCGUGUAAAGUGUAGCUAAAAAGGAAAGAGGAAAAAGGAUUAAGAUGUAGUAGGCAGUGGAUAAGCGAAAGAGAUCGAAAAGUAGUGACCACGCCACGCGAAUAUGCCACCAAAAAAGGAAGAAGAAAGUAAAUGCGAAAACCGAGGUGUUAAUAUAUGAUGCAAUAGAGCGAGUGGUAACAAUAGAGAAAGAGAGCAAGAAGGCAAGAGCGCAAAAAGCGAGGUGGCAUGAGUGGUGUAGAGGAAAAGAGAAAAGAAAACGGAGAUAGAUCAGAGCCAAGAAGAAGAAGUAUGGGAAAAAGAAGGGUUUGGAUUUAGAAAAGAAGGUGUGAGAGAGAAAGAGAAAGCGAUGUGAAAUGUGGUGUGUGUUGUAUUGUGAAAUAUACUAUUAGUUGUACGGAGGGAGGAAAACAUGCAAUUAAUAAUAUAUAUAUUGAUGAUGAGCAAAACAUUUCUCAAGAUAUGGCAAAUUUACUACUACUCUUACCUGUAAAACACACAGGUGUGAAAAAAGAGAGAAAAAAUGUGACGAUGAGACAACACGAAACACGAAACAAAGAAAAGAAAUGAUACGUGAAAUCAUCAUCAAUAACAACAAAAAAGCCAUUCUUAGGAAGGGAAGCGAAGAAGAAAAAAAAUAAAAUCAUUGAUUUAUUUAUAAAAAAACAAC